AUGAGGAGCCCCACAAGGGCAACCAUCAUGGGUCCUACGCAGCUCGUGGCACAGAAUCAUGGGAAGAAGGCAUGUGCUUUUGGCAUGGAGGAGAAAGGGUUUGCACUUUUCCAUGGCUCAGAGAUCCCACCUGAGCACAUAGGUGAGACCCAGACCCUUGUUAAAGCCACUCAGUGCAAAUGCUUUUAGCAGAGUUUAGACUUGAAAUUUAUAUAUUACACCAAACAGGGUGACAGACAGAAGUAGUGGAAUUAAUCUGCACUGUACCACCUCAGGUUGAAAGUGUGUGUGUGUCAUUUCUUUAAAUGCUUCCUCGCAAUUUUUGUUUUAAGUGCACAACUCCCUGCAGGAAGUAAAUGAUGGAGAGAAAAGUUUAGCCGUGAAUAGGGCCUACUCUUGAGUAAAUACGCUCUUUGUGUCUAGGUUGGAGAAAGUGAUAGGGGAACUGUGGGAGGGAGAAAGAGAGAGAAGCUGGAGAUAUGCUUGUUCCCCAUUUACUUCUUUUUUGUUGUUUCAAAAGCCUGCACUAACUGUUUGCCCAGAGGAACAACAACAAAAUGUGUGCUGCAUAGGAAGCAAUGGGUGCAAUUCAACGCUACACUAUUAUGAGCGUUUCUUCUGCACAAACAUUUCAGCUUCCUAGAUGGAACAAGCCCUUGUCUCCUUGUCUGGAGCCAGUGUGGUGUAGUGGUUAAGAGCAGUGGACUCGUAAUCUGGUGAACCGGCUUUGCGUCUCCGCUCCUCCACAUGCAGCUGCUGGGUGACCUUGGGCCAGUCACACUUCUCUGAAGUCUCUCAGCCCCACUCACCUCACAGAGUGUUUGUUGUGGGGGAGGAAGGGAAAGGAGAUUGUUAGCUGCUUUGAGACUCCUUAGGGUAGUGAUAAAACGGCAUAUCAAAUCCAAACUCUUCUUCUUCUCUUCUGCCUUUCCUCACACACUCUUCUGGGGGUUCUCCUGACCCCAUUCCCAGCCAAUUUUGGGGCAGACAGGGCAGGAAGGGGGGUAUUUUGUGCAAGCGGAAGUCCUUGCUCAAGGCUUCUGCUGACAGGAUUCCUUAGGUGAAUCCCACCCAAUGUAUUUCUCAGCCAUUCAUAAAAGCUAUAGCUGACUUCAGCUAAGGAGGAAGGAACAAUGCUGCCCUCUGGUGACUGGCCCACAGAAAAAACCUCUGAACCAUGUUAGGAGAGCAAACCUUUUAGGGUAAAGUGUAGUUAGUGUAAAAUUCCAACCUAUUUUGCCCUUCCUCACACUCCACACUUAGCUCAGGGACCCUCAGAGCCUUAAGACUGGAUGGCAUUAACAGUAAGGUUCUGGCAAGUCCUGUAUUCCUGAAAGAGGAAGUUCAGGACGCUUCUUGUCACAGGGUUUGUUUGCAUGCUUAUACAGUUGUACCUUGUUUUGCGACUGGGAUCUGUUCCGGAGCCCCAGCCGCUAGCUGAAAAGGACACAAGGCAAAGUGCCGCGUCUGCGCAUGUGCAUGGAGCAGUUUGUGCUUUUGCGCAUGCGCGAAGCACGAUUUAGCGCUUCUGCGCAUGCACGAGCAGCAAUCCCGGAAGUAACCCGUUCCGGCACUUCUGGGUUUGCCGCAGAAAUUCACCGGAAUGGACGCUAGACAAGGCGGACGUUCAUGGAGAUAUUACACAUCUUUUUUAAUUGUUAUGUUAUAUUGUUUGAAUUGACUCUGAGAAAUAUUAGUUUAACCCCAUAGUUCUAGAACCAUGUGAGAAAGAUUUUGCUAAACUAGAGGAGGAAGAAUCUGCACCCUCUUUCGGCCUAGGCCCUUAUGUGCUUUUAUUGGACUGAGAUGUGGAGUUUGAGGUUCAUCUGUGCUCAGCCUUUUGCGUGGAAGCACUGCUAUAAUUUACCUUACGAGGCAUGGUCUUCCUUUGUUUUCUGGAUGAAAUCUUACAGCCUCUCUUUCCCCACCCCUUUCAUCCUUCUCUGUGUUUACAGAAAUGCCUCCUCUGAAACGGAAGAAGGGGCCAGCCCCCAAGAUGCUUGGCAACGAGGUGUGCAGAGUGUGUGGUGACAAGGCCUCGGGCUUCCACUACAAUGUCCUCAGCUGCGAAGGCUGCAAGGGCUUUUUCCGACGCAGUGUCAUCAAGGGCGCCCAGUAUGUUUGCAAGAAUGGCGGCAGGUGUGAGAUGGACAUGUACAUGCGGCGAAAGUGUCAGGAGUGCCGGUUGCGCAAAUGCCACGAGGCAGGCAUGCGAGAGCAAUGUAGGUGACAAGAGCAGGGAUGUGAGGCCAGAGAAUAUGUAGGAGCAAUAAGGUCCUCCUUAUUGCAAUAUUCCAUCUUAUGCAUAAAAAAAAAUCAGUGACUAUAUGUUAAUAGAAUCUGGUGUAUGCUCAGAAAAAGUGUGAAAUUGUACAAUAAUAUUUGCUUAAGUUGAAAAUAUAAUAUUCCAAUUUUCACUGAGUUCAGAGGGUGGUAUUCAACCAAGUUUUAUUCAGAGACCAAUGAAAACAAACAGAACUAAGUUAGGUCCAUUGGGCAAGUUAAAAGAUGGGCAAUCUCAAGCAGGGUGAGGGGAUGAGCAGGUAAUUGCAAGGAAAUAUGAAGAGGGAUAGAUAUAUGAAGGGCACAUUAAGUGUAGCCUUUAAAUGCCUUUAGGCAGCUGUACAUACACAAUGGGGGGGGGGGAAUCUUUCACAGCCAUGAGAUCUAGAAAGUUGUAUUUAAAGGGGUGAGGAGGAGCGAGCAGAAAGUCUCAGGAGACCUGAUUUUGCCCUGCGUAAUCUUUUGUUGGUGCAUGAAAUGUGAAUAUGCUGCUUGUAUAGGAGCCAUAUGAAUAAAAGGUGAGUUUGUCAGUACAGGGCAAGCUGAUGAGGUGGAUGCCAAUCCCAAAUGUGGAGUUGCCACCUAGGAAAUAAUAAAUGUUGAGACACUUUGCUUCCAUCCUGCAGCAAAGCUUUCACUAGUUUAGUGAUUGUGUACUUCGUAUAACCAGCUGUCCCCUCACUGCUCCCUUUCUGUGCUGCACUUUUAGGUGUUCUCUCUGAAGAACAAAUCCAGCUGAAGAAGUUGAAGAAGCAGGAAGACGAUCAGUCUCGGAUGGUAGUUGUGCGCCAGAGCUCAUUAUCCCCCCCAAACACCCCUCCUAAAAUGACACCGGAGCAGCUUGACAUGAUAGAAAAGCUUGUGGCAGCUCAGCAGCAGUGUAAUCGGCGCUCCUUCACAGACAGGCUCAAAGUGACGGUAAAAGCACAGUUUAGGUGGGGCUCUGAACAAGAGGGAGAAAACAGACCUCGCCUACCUUCAGUAAAGCUCCUCUUUGAAUAACCUAAGUUGGCACGUUCAUCAAAUUUUAUGUAGGGGUGGGGUGGGGGUGGGGAUAUCCCAUACUCAACAGGGAUGGUGUCAUUUUCUGAUACAUUCCGGUUUUUGAAUGUUCUUUUGGAAGCCGAACGUCCGACAGGGCUUCCAUGGCUUCCAAUUGGCUGCAGGAGCUUCCUGCAGCCAAUCAGAAGCCGCGCUUUGGAAGUCAACCAUUUUGGAAGUCGAACAGACUUCCAGAAUGGAUUCUGUUUUACCUCCGAGGUACGACUGUACUUCUCAUUGAUUCCUGAAUUGCAGAGGGUUGGACUAGAUGACUCUUGGAUCCUUUCCAACUCUAUGAUUCUCAUGGAUCCCAAAGGGUCCUGCAUAUCCCAGGCAUUAAGGCCCAAGUUUGUAGACCCUGGGAGGAGCUUGUUUUCACCUUAGAGCCGAUGGGGUCAGAAUGCUGAUGCCCAAUGGAAUUGUGGACUUAAGGUGCUGACCAUGGAUCAUGUGGCUUUUGGGGUUCUGGAAGAACUAGCCAUAGACUGCUGAACUGGAAAGAAUAGUGGGGCUGUUUGGAUUGGGUCUAUAUAAAAGAUAUGAGAUGAUUUAGAAGAAGUAGGAUAUUUCUCAUUCAUUUCAGGAGACUUUUUGCUUUUCCCUUCCAACCUUUAUCAGACUCUUUCUUCCUUUUCUCCCCAUGGCUUUCCCACGAAAACUUCAGCCGUGGCCUCAGAUUUCAGAUCCUCUUCACCGCGAAGCACGACAGCAGCGUUUUGCUCAUUUUACGGAGCUGGCAAUCAUUUCUGUACAGGAGAUUGUGGACUUUGCAAAGCAGUUGCCAGGUUUCCUGGAGCUCACCAGGGAAGAUCAGAUUGCUCUUCUGAAGACAUCUACAAUAGAAGUAAGACCUGCACCCUACCGCUCUCAUCAGAAGGAAUGGCAGCUGUCACUGCAGUCAUAAACACUGGUGACACCUGGCUGGUGAAAGCUUGUCAGGGCAGGGCAGAAUGUGCCCAGCCAAUGUGCCACCCUACAGACUCCCGUACCGCCCAACAAACCCUCGUUGUGCCCUACGGCCCCCACCCCACCCAUGCCUAGCUACGCUACUGGCAUCUGCCCCCAAUUGAAUGGCAGGCACCUCGAUUGCCACUGCAAGAAGAGGCAGCUACAGGGGACCACUUUGGCAGGUGUUCCUAUUGAGGUGGAUGGGUUUGGUGUCAUACCCAUUUCCUGUAACAAUGGCAUAAAACAGUGAGUAAAUUUGAUUAAUCAAAUGUAGGAAUUGCUCACCAAAUUGUAAUUUUGAUAAUAAACAUUUUUAAAAUGCUCAGGAGCAUUUUAAAGUCUUCAUGUGACACCUGGUUCUUUGCUGAGACAAUACUCUUCUACAUCAGCUCAUUUGGAGCUGUCCAUGGUCCUGGUUGCUGUUUACUGGAACCUACCAUGACCAAGAAGGGACGCGGGUGGCGCUGUGGGUAAAAGCCUCAGUGCCUAGGACUUGCCGAUCGAAAGGUCGGCGGUUCGAAUCCCCGCGACAGGGUGCGCUCCCGUUGCUCAGUCCCAGUGCCUGCCAACCUAGCAGUUCGAAAGCACUCCGGGUGCAAGUAGAUAAAUAGGGACCGCUUACUGGCGGGAAGGUAAACGGCGUUUCCGUGUGCUGCGCUGGCUCGCCAGAUGCAGCUUUGUCACGCUGGCCACGUGACCCGGAAGUGUCUCCGGACAGCGCUGGCCCCCAGCCUCUUAAGUGAGAUGGGCGCACAACCCUAGAGUCGGACAUGACUGGCCCGUACGGGCAGGGGUACCUUUACCUUUACCAUUACCAUGACCAAAUUAGUAAUAAAUUGAUUUGUCUUGAGCUGACUGACUUUGACCUGACCUACUUAACCAGACCCAAUUUACUGUAACCUGACCUGCCUUGUUGUAAUUUGACCUACUUAACUGGACCUGACUUUUGCCUGCCCUUGCAGGCCACAAAUCUUGACAUAGUAAGAAAAGGAGCAGGUCUGAAAAUUCCCUUCUGUGAGCACUUAAUUGGAUCCAUGCCACUGUGUACUAUCUUACUGAGGGCUAUUGGUGCAGGGAUGUGUCCUGCUAGUUUAUUGCCAGACAUUUAAUGACUUCUGUUUUCUACAUUUAAGGUGAUGCUGUUGGAGACAUCUCGGCGCUACAAUCCAGAAACAGAAUGCAUCACUUUUUUGAAGGACUUGAGUUAUAAUCGGGAUGACUUUGCCAAAGCUGGUGAGCUAAACACAGUUUAGAGUAUCAAGGAGAUCUUUUUUUAGUGCUGAAAAAAACAAAGUCCAGACUCUGCUCCAAAAGAAGUUAGGCUCUAAGUGAUUGAACUUGGCAUUUUUACUCUCAGCUGCACCUUUUAAUAUGGAAAUUUCCACUAUGGUUCAUUCUGUUCUGCUUUUGGAAUUCGCAAGUGAUUCCAGUGGGGUUUGAUUUCUCUUGUACUUGAAAAUAUAUAUUUUUUUAGGCUGAAAGGGCUCCGUUUCGCUUAUUUAUUUAUUUAUUAACAUUUAUGUCCCACUUGAUUGUUAAAAACCUCAAAGCAAUUUACAAGAAGAUAAAACAAGAAAAUCAAUAAAAAAAUACAACUGUACUUUAAAACAUACAAACAUUAAAAUACAAAAGUUAGGACUCCAAGUGGUACAGCAAUAAAACUGUUAGCACAUUUGCAAAGCGAAGCGGGGUCUGAUAUGGUUUCAAAUGGGAUGGAGAACAACUUGGGGGUUAGACUACAUGACUCUUGGGUCCCUUCCAACCCUACGAUUCUAUGACUCUACUAAAACUCAUUAAAAUUAAGCAGGACUGGCUAGCUUUUACAGUUAUUCUAAUUGGAACUAGUGUCACAGUGCCAUGAAUAUAAGGUAGCAACUACUGGCCAAAAACAUGGGAAAGAAUAGAGCACCAUUAAGAUUCAAAAUGCCUUCAAUUUUUUUAAAAAAAUGUUUUGCAUUACAUUAAAGCAAUGUUGACUUUUAACUUCCUGCUUGCUGUCUUUUCCCCCCAGGCCUUCAAUUUGAGUUCAUCAAUCCCAUCUUUGGAUUUUCAAAGGGAAUGAAUGAACUGCAACUCAAUGAUGCUGAAUAUGCACUUUUAAUUGCUAUCAGCAUUUUUUCUGCAGGUAAUAAACUUGGGAGCUCAUGUUGCUGAAUCAAAAAAAUAAGAGUUUGUAUGUGGGAGCUUAAUACCAUUUUCUUACGAAGAAACACACAUAGAUAUAGCAUAGAAUAAGAUUCUAAUGAAGGAUAAUUUGUGCUGUAAAUUAAUGUUCUGGAUCAUUGGUCUUUGAAACAUACCGAGAACCAGGUGGAAGUCUUGACAUAUAUAAAUCUUGUCAACCUCCUGAGUCUCCAAGAGCAGAAGUAACUCACGAAAGAGUCCACUGUGACAAUAUGAUAGAAAAACAACCCACUUAAUAUAAUUGUUCUCAUGGGGACUAUACAUCUGUUCCUAAAAGAGGGUUGAGAAGUAAAAGAUGCUCAUAAAGCCUCUGAUGAAAAAUAGGGAAUGUGGAAGACAUAGUAAUCACUUUAUGGCUUGGGAAUAUUCCUAUUUCUUUGGUAUGCAGUGCAGUAGCUUCCAGAUAUUGUUGAAUUAUAACUCGCAUAGCUGCUGAUCACUGGCUGGGGCUGAUGGGAGUUGUAGUCCAACAGCAUUUGGAGGGACCUAUGCUGGUGACUCUUGUCCUAUAUCGUCGUGGGGGCAGGGAAGUAAGUCGUCUUGACAUGGAUGCGUGAAGUGGCUUAGCUUUGGUUCACUUUUUGGAGUUACAGAAUUUGGCCCAUUGAUUCUGUGCCCACCCCCAAGACCCAAACACCUAAGCCCCAGUUGUGUGAAAGUGUAUGGAAAUAUAUGAGUUGGGUGAGGAUGUCACAGUGAAAUUGCUUCUCCUGUUUUGUUUUCUGGAUGCUUUGAUACAGAGAAAAGUAUUGCUGCAAGUAAUUAAAAAAAAAUCUAGCCAAAGCUCAGCAGUUUUCCUCAUUGUUAAACAUAAUUUAAAGCAGGGUUAGGCAACCUUUGGCCCUGCAGAUGGUGCCAAACUACAUUUCCCUUCAACCCCAUAGCCCCAUGGUCAAUAGUAAAAACUGAUGAGAUUUAUGAUCCAAAAAUAUCUGGAGGGUCAGAGCCCGCCUCUCUAUGUUUCAUUGAACUUCAGAAUGUUCAAAGUCCUUCAUAUAUAUUAUCUCAAUCUUUUCAGCUCAUGGGUUUUAUUUUCUAUAGAUAUUUUAGUUUUGUUACGAUGAAAUGAAACUUGCUGCUACAACAACAAUAACCUUAUAAGGUAGAGGCAGCCUAGCUCACAACAUUUGCUUCUUCCAUUGACACUGGUGGGAGUUAAAUACUUGUUCUUAAUGAACAUGAAUAAAACCCAGCAGGUGUGAGAGAAUGGGUCACGUGACAGGAACCUGUGCAUGUCUAAGCUGUAGGGCGCAUGGACAGUUGUGGAGCCAGACUUUGGGAAGGGGCUUGGUGGAUUUGGGUAUUUGGAUUUUAGCCUCAGUCUGACUAGUCUGCAUUCAGCUACCUAUGAACCUUUUGUCUUGCUUAUUGGCAGACCGGCCAAACGUUCAAGACCAGACCCUGGUGGAAAGGUUGCAGCAUACCUACGUAGAAGCCCUUCAUUCUUACAUUUGCAUCCACAGACCAAACGUAAGUGUCUGGCUGAGCUCUGAGUCAUUCUGUAUUGCCAAAAAUAUGUGUGCAGAAUAAUAUUGAGAUUAAAGUACUUGGGUUUUUUUAAGUUGUAUUGAUUGGUCUUUUGAACUGCAUGUCCAAAUGAUUCUGUUUGCAUAGGAAUCUAUCUUAUCCUGAAUCAGACCAUUGGUUUGUCUAAUUCAGUAAUAAUAAUAAUAAGAAGAAGAGUUUGGAUUUGAUAUCCCGCCUUUCACUCCCCUUAAGGAGUCUCAAAGCGGCUAACAUUCUCCUUUCCCUUCCUCCCCCACAACGAACACUUUGUCAGGUGCGUGGGGCUGAGAGACUUCAGAGAAGUGUGACUAGCCCAAGGUCACCCAGCAGCUGCACGUGGAGGAGCAGGGAUGCAAACCCGGUUCACCAGAUUAUGAGUCCACUGCUCUUAACCACUGCACUACACUGGUGUAGUAAUAAUACUGCCUACUCGGACUGGCAGCUGCUCUGCAAGCUCACAGGCAAACAUCUUUCCCAGCCCUGUUAGCUGAAAUCCUUUUAUCUGGAGAUGCCAAGCAUUACACCUGUGACUUUCUGUAUGUAGUUCUGCUAUUGAACUUUGGUUCCUUUCCUGCUAUCUAAUAUUUAUUUUUAAAAAACAGAGAAGGGGCAAACAUUACAGAUCUAAUAGGGGCUUACUCAAAGAGUGCUCCUUUCUUCAAGAGCUUGAGGAGAGAAAGCAAAUAUUUAGUGGAGAUGCUUUCAGCUCCAUUGUCACAGUAAUCAUCAUCAUCAAUAAUAUUUAUACCCCGCCCAUCUGGUUGGGUUUCCUCAGCCACUCUGGGCGACUCUGAACAGAACACUAAAAACACAAUAAAACAUCAAACAUUAAAAACUUCCCUAAACAGGGCUGCCUUCAGAUGUCUUCUAAAAGUCAGAUAGUUAUUUAUUUCCUUGACAUCUGAUGGGAGGGUACUCCACAGGGCAGGCUCCACUGCCAAGAAGGCCCUCUGCCUUUUCAGCCACCAUAUGCUUCUGCUUUCUAUAACAAGUUAAUCUUUACAUGUGCGGAAAAUGAAGAUGACCUAAAGGAACUGUAGAUUAGGAGAUGCAGCUACCGCACAUUCUGUGACAGCUUAGACUCCCGUAGAGAUGGGCAAUCCUAUAUACAUUAUGCAGCCUUGUACAACCUCUAUCUGCCUCCUGUUUAUAUGGAACUAUAGUCAGUUACGUUUGCUAGCACUGUCAACAGCUCCUCAAGAUCUUGGGGAACCUUCCCUAUGUGGAGCUGUCCAGCUGUCUUUUAGGCCAGGGGUGGAGUGGCCUUCCAGAUGUUGCUGGACUGCAAUUCCCAUCAUUCCUGGCUAUUGACCAUGCUGACAUGGGCUCAUGGGCAUCCAACAAUAUCUGGAAGGCUCACAAGUUAGACACUUGUUUUGGGAGAUAAUACAGUUUUGAUUCUGAACUGUAGUUGCAGGGGGAUGGGGGGGAGAGAAUUGAUUGAAAGGUGCUGCUUGAAGGUCUGGAAGCUAAAACAAGUAUUGAACAGGAUUUUUAGCGCACAGAACAGAAUACUGCUUCUUGUCCAAGCCUCCUAGUACACAAUAUAAUUGCUCCUAGUUCUAUAUUCUCAGCUUUCUGCCCUGUAGUCCUUUGAUUUUUGCUUUGUCAUUUAACUCCCCAGUUCUUGAUGGUACCAUUCCCCCCAACCCCCCCCCAAAUGUUAAGGUUUAAAUUCAUUAGGCAAAGAGUGCAAAACAAUUCAUGCAAGUGUCCAUGAUUUGCAUAAUUUGUUCUGAGCAAGGAGCUUGGCACAGUGCAUUGCAAUCCAUGAGGUUGCCGAGACAUUUUACAAUUGAACUGAUCGGCAUAGGCUUAGAUUUAACGUUAUUAAUUACCCUGAUAUCUAAAAUGCCUUGCAGUCUCAUUACCAUGGGAGCAAGUCAUUAUUAGUCCUGCUUUGCUGAUGAGAAGCUGAGAGUGAAGCAGAAUUUUGGCUCUGACUGAUAUCAUUGUCCUUUUGCAUAUGACCUUGCAGGAUCAUCUAAUGUUCCCACGGAUGUUAAUGAAACUGGUCAGUCUUCGGACUCUAAGUAGCGUCCAUUCUGAACAGGUGUUUGCUCUUCGGCUACAGGACAAGAAGCUGCCACCCCUUCUUUCAGAGAUCUGGGAUGUCAAUGAAUGACCGCACUGUCCCCGUGCACCAGCUAGCUGAAGCAACCCCAUCCUUGACUGUUGCUAACAAGAAGCUGUCCUCCCCUCUCAAAAAGACUGGAGCUCAGUGCAGAGGGCUAUGGCCUUGUGGUUUCUUUGUUCUGAAACAAUGCAGAAGGCAAUUGAGAUGGACCAGUUAAUGCUUGAGUCUUUGAUUUUAAUGCCUUCCAGAAAUGGAACAACUGAAACACCUCAACGUAGUAGAGAUGACGAACCCACCCUAAUAAUUUCUCCAGUGGCUCUCCUUCUUCAGGCACUUAUCCUGUGUUUAAUUUCAGGGACCUGUCAUACACCCCCCACCCCCCUCAGGGUUUCAGAGGCACGCCCCCAUUAUGUAUCCAGUUUGUUUAGUUUACUGGGAGUUGUCUGGACUGAAUAUUCUAAAUACAUUUUCUCAUUCAUAGAUGUUUCUGGCAAUCUCGAGUAGUUUUUGGUUCUUGACGGAUUUCCCCCCCUCAGAAACCUGUAACCAUAAUGCAAUUUUGUUGACUUUUUCAAAGGGGCUCUGAAGGUUGGAAGGGUAGCUGUAUCAUAGAAAACUCAGUGAUGUUUCUUUUCCCAACUCCUAUGUGCCCCCCCAAUACCACCACUGGUAUUUUAGGGCCAUUCAUGUGUAUAUCAAAAAUGCACAGGGAGCCAUGCCCAGUAACCAAGCCCUGCUAUGCAGCUGCUUCUAAUGUGAAGGUGUACAUCACAUGUACACACAACAUCCAUUUGUGCAACCCCAUCCUGUAUACAGAUACUAAAAAGUACCGUAAGUCCUGCUUAGUUCAGUGUGUCUUGCAUUCAGUUGAUUACACAUAGGACUGCAGUCUCAAUGAGCAAUCUGUGAAGUGGCCCUUAUAAAGUUUGUGAACUUGCAGAUUAGCACAGCUUCAACAUGGGACACAUCUUACCUGUAGAAUCUGCACUGAGCAGCAUGCUUGCUUUAUAACUAUCAACCCUCUUGCCCACAGUCAGACAUGGUCUUGGCAUAGUGGAGAUCAGUGCUGUUCCUUGCCAUACUGUUUCUGUGUGGAUACCAUUUGUUCCACCUGUAUUCCUUUUGGGUUUCAUAAACAUGAAAACAUGACAAAUGAUUUCGUAGAAGGUUGUGUCUAUAUGAACAUGUCUAGUUCAUUAUUUUUUGGCUUGCGUGGAAUGCAUAUUGUGCCAGGUGGAUCAGAGGAACAUUCCAAGGACACAAAUCUAAGAGAUUUGUGUGGUUAGCUCGGGAUGUCAGCUGUAUGUUCUGUCAUGUCUUGUACUACUCCUUCAGUCAUGUGGACAGGAAAGAUCUGCAUGGGAAGCUGUCUCUAUGCCUGGACUCCAGGGAUCAAGAAUGUUCCCUGUCCUUGUAUUUUGAGCUAUCUGUAUGAUCUUACAGUGGGUGUGUAUGUAUGUUGUAAUAGUAUCAAACAUUACUUGGGUAUCUGUGUAAUGUGGGUACAGAUGUCUAUUUUUGUAAGAGAAUAGACACUUUGAAACAGGCAAUUUGGAACAGAAUUGGUGGUGCUUAACCCUUAUCCUUCCCACUGAUUUUCAGCUGCAACUCCCCUCCCUACCAGCCAUUUCCUCUAUAGAGUUCCAGACAUAAUGUUUAUAAGGGUAAAUUACGUAUGUCUUUGGACCCCAUGUGGUUGCAGCAAAAAAUGGCAGGUAUUCAAAGAGUUAAGAACUUUCUCCCCUCCAACCUGGUUCUUCACUCCAAAUUUGUCUUACAAAACAAUCUUUUCCUCUGCUGCCAUAAGAUAUCUUCAGGAAAUAAGUUUGCAUGUGUGAUCCAAGUUUACGCUGAGAAAAGAAAGAGGCCUGAAUCUAUUUUGAGGUGUUUGUUUAUAAUCCUUCCUUCUCGUCUUUGAACAUGUCAAGUUUUUAUCUAAGGACUUUUCUUUAAGGUUGAUACCCGUUAUAAAUAGUUGAAUAUUUUCAGCCUGGUCCUAUGCAGAGUUAGGCACACCCAAUCAAUGUGCUUAAGCAUACCUAAGUUUGCAUAGAGGAUUAACUUACUUGAAGAAAAACACCCAUCCUUCUGUUUGCUAGAAGAAACAAAUUGAUGCCGGGAAUUAAAUCUGCGAUUCCCUGGCACUGCAGUAGUAUGUGCUUCCUUUGUUGGGAUUUAAAUUGCUUGCCCUGCAACCAUCCUAAGAGCCUGGGCCCAUGAACCAAUGUGAUUGUUGACUGUAGCAAGUGCCAUACCUAUGGUGUCGGCCUUGUGUCUGUUUUGCACUUGAGGUUGGUCUCUUACCACUGGCCUUCACUCACUCUAUAAAGCACUUGUAACAAUUUGUAAACUCUGUUUUUUUAUAUAUAACUUUGCUGUUGCAAUAUCCUUUACGUUUAAUUCUGUAUUUUUGACUGUUUGCAAAAUGCUAAUGUUUAUGCAAAAAAUUAAAAUCUAAAAUUAAAAUCGCUGUUAGUAAACGACCGUUGUUAAAUGUGCGCAUCUUUGGGAAGCGGGUUUUUGCUUUUUGUGGGGAGGAGAACAUGUGGCAUCUCCUUUGGAUUGAAAUGGUUCUUUGGUUGCUCUGCUCGUGCUCAUUAUAACGCCUCUUUCAACAGCCCUUGUCCCACACAGUGGCGUGGGGGUGGGGAGUUUGUCGCUUAACGCGGCUCCGGCCCGCUUUUCGACCCCCUCCUGCAGGGCCCGGCCGGGGGCCACGGCGCUCUCAAGGCCCUCAGCAGCGAGCGACUCCGCAGCGCCUCUUCCCGCCGCUUUCGGUUCUCGCGCCGCUUUCCCUCAUUGCGUUCCGCCCCGCCCUCCCCCUGCGAGCGGCUGAAUGGUUUGGCUCUCCCACCUCCCGCUCCCCGCCCUCCUCCGGCUUGUUGGUUCGCUCCUCCCCGGGCUGUUGAUGCGGAACUGGAGCCAGGCGGCUUUUAGGCUGGGGCUGAGCUGAGCUGCGCGGUGCGCGAGGAAGAGGAGGAGGCGGCCUCGUCUGACAGGUAAAGGCAAGCAGGCCUCGCGCUAACGGCUGGGAAGCGGAUAAUGGGGCGCCGCCCGGCCUCCUGUCUGUGACAUAUGCGGGGCUGAGAGGCGGCGAGGGUUUGUGGGGAAGGCAGAGGAGGCGCGCUCGCUUGCGUCGGGGUGGCGGCGGCGAAGAGAGAACCGGACCUGCCGGCUGAGGUGACGGCGGCGGGAUACGCAGCCAGGGGCGCCUGGGCUGAGGGGCUGCUCGGUGGAGAGCAGGUGGGCGCGCGGAGCUCGCGUGGGCUGGGAGGGGAGGACGGAGGAGUGCGUGGGUGUUGGAGGGCAGCAGGCACGAGUGGGGGGCUCGGAACGGAAAGGAGUUCGGGUGGGGGGUGCCGACGGCUGACGCAGAGAAGGUGGUGUGUGUGUCGGGGGAGAAGUAUUGGCAGGCGCUGGAUGAGGCGCAGCCGCAUGGGGAGGGGGGAGGGGAGCUGCCGGGGGGGGCAGGGAGGGAUAAAGGGAUAAAGCUUAGGGCAUUAGCGGGAUGCAGCAGGUACUGUGCCUGAGUGUGUUUAUGUGCGUAUAAAUGGAUUUAGGAGGGCAGGUACUGGAGCAGUGUAUAGUGGUACCUCGGGUUACAUACGCUUCAGGUUACAAACGCUUCAGGUUACAGACUCCGCUAACCCAGAAAUAGUACCUCGGGUUAAGAACUUUGCUUCAGGAUGAGAACAGAAAUCGUGCUCCAGCGGUGCGGCAGCAGCAGGAGGCCCCAUUAGCUAAAGUGGUGCUUCAGGUUAAGAACAGUUUCAAGUUAUGAACGGACCUCCAGAACGAAUUAAGUACUUAACCCGAGGUACUGUGUGUGUGUGUGUGUGUGUGUGUACACACACACACACACACACACACACAGAGUAUGUGUGUGUUAUGUGCGUAUAGAUGGGUUUAGGAGGGCGACUGCCUGAUGUUGGUGUGAUUUGUGUGGCUUACGCCCCCCUCUCAUCCCUCCACUGGGCUGAGCUUGCAACUCGAAGAUGCCCCGUCCUUGCUCUGUGGAUCCAUCUCUCCUGUCCUUGGGGGAUGCGAUACGGUUGCAGCUGCUCUUCUGGACUCGCUCCGGGUGGAUGCUUGUCCAAGGUCACGAGAGCGAGAGAUAGAGGGAAGAGAUAAAAUGCAGUUUGCGGCUCUCGUUGCUGUGACCAACUCAGCAGAGAUAUUCUUCGGCCCAACAACACCCGCGGAGGGGUCGUAUGUCGUCCCCAAGGCCGCGGGGGUCGGCUUACAUUCCACACGGAAAUGAAGAGUCUGUCUUUGCUGUCUGUGCCUUGCAAAAUAAGGUGUUGGGAGAUCGAUCUUGCUUGCUUCUGACUUGCAUUUUUGGGGGUCGAGUUUGGCCAGCUGGAAAAUUACAGCAUCUAUUAAGGGACUGUGGUUUUUGAAGCAGCUGGCCUCCCAGUGUUGAAACAAUCUGAAAGAGGAGAAUGUGUGCUUUAAAGAAUGAAGGGUUGUGUGGUGACACAUUGUAAGUUCAACUAAUAGAGUAGCAUCUAUUCUGUACACAUGAGCUCCUCAGAUAGAUUUCAUUUUCCUGGUGAUCAUUUCUGCAAUGCUUUUGGGCCCAAAGCACCCCACAGUGGUGAACAACAUUAGCACAUAUUACAAAAGAAAUACACAAUAAAAGUAGCAUACUGUAGAUCAAUCAAAACAAUAUAAAAUAGGAUCAAAAUUAAUUUAAGAAUACCAUUUAUCUGUUAGGAUCUGAUCAUCACUAGGUGUGAUUCCUUGGAGGUGGCAGAAACUGUCCAUUCUUCAUGGUUUCUUUGCAGAAGCAAGGAACUCAUCAGAACCAUCUAGCUGGCAUUUCCCCCCUUACACAGCAUGUUAUUUAUGUGUUUCUGAUGUACAGUGAAUAGUUAUUGUCUUUAGUUAUCCAUAUCUGAUGGAGCCAUUCACUUAUAGCCUCUCAAUAAUUCUGACCAGAAUAAUGCACCCCCAUCAAGUGUCUCCUUUUGUAUGAUAAAAUGUUUGUGUGUUCUUGAAAACAAAUACAUUUAGGCUGUAUAUUAAACAUGAUGGGAAUGUUGAUAGGAAAUUCUGCCAAGGAUUUGCUUGCUAAUGUUGCUGAGAUCUUUAAAGCAUAUUUAUUUAGAUUUCUGUCCCAUCUGUCUACUUGACAUAAAGUGAAUGACAGCAUUUGUGAAAGACAGGCCAGAGCAGACAAAACUCUACCCCCUCCUGGCUUAAAAACAUUUUCACAUGUGAGCCUUGGUAGUUUUUGUAAUUGUAACACAAAUGCAAAAUACAACACUGGUUAAAAUGUUCAGUUUUUAAAAUUUGUAUUAAGUGUUUAUUGUGUAUGUAAAAUAGUUCACCAAGAGGCCCUGUAGUAUGUAAAAAUAUUCUGAGACUUCGGUCAUGUGUCAAAAACAUGUGUCAAAAACAGCACAAUCCUCAACAUGUCUACUGGGAAGCAAGCUUUAUUGAAUUCAGUGGAGAUUACUGCUUUGCUUUGCUGCAUGUUUUGUCAUUUUCAAUAUCUGCUGGAGCUCUUUCACCAAGAGAGUAUUUACCCCAAUCUUGCAUCUAGGCAUCUGGGGAAUUCUCAUUUUAUCCUUUUAAACCAAUUACAAACAAACAUUAAAAACCAACAUGGAUUACUGCCUAAAGUAAUUUGUAUUUGACUUUCAUACAAGAAGCUUAAAUGGUUGUUCUUUGUCUCCCGUGGAAGAAAUAAUACUUGAAAACCUCAAGUACACCUUUUAGUGUGCUAUGUGAAAAUAAUCUAGGAUCCUUAGGCUUUUGUGAGUCUCGAAGAGAAGUUCUAUGGCUGUAGGACAGUUGUUGAGAAAGUUCCUAUAGAUGCCCUUGCUAGAGCAUUGGACUGAGAGUAAUUUAAGGUAUAGAAGGACAAAAUAAAAACCUGAAUUCUGCCAGCAAGAAUUAAUGACUAGCACUGGAGCCCAGCACUAACACCAUUCUUAUUAGUUCAGUUUGUAUGCCAGUUUCCCACAUAAAUGCAUCCCAAAAUGUGGCUUGCAAUGCAACCGUAAAACUACCUAUCAAUACCUCAUUACAAUAAGCAGUGUAAUACAUAUUAUAAUUCAAAAUGAAUAAUUUAUUUUGAUAGAGCCAACAUUAUGCCAUUAUGCCAUUUAUACAGCAACUACCAUUCUGUAUCAGGAAACCUAUCUCCCCACCCACUCCAGCUAAAAAAGUUUGUUGGCAUUAAUUUAUUUCCCUAGUCCAGCUGGCAGUUGUUUUCAUCAUAUGUAUGUUUUAUAGGUUAUAUUCUAUGUACAUAUGUUAUAUUAAUGUCAUGAGGAAUUGCACAAAGCUUAGAUAAAUCACAUAGAGAAAUGCACAAACCUACCUUGCAAAUCAGGUAGAAAAUGUCUGUCACAGUAUCUAAAAUAUGAUUUCUGUAGAGCCAUGGGGUAGAGAGACAGGCAAGCAUAAACAGUAAAAGGAUAAACAAGCUUGGCGUACACAUGGCUGCCAUUAAUCCCAAGUAUGGGGUAUGCUUGGACAUUUCCAAACUGUUUUGUACUUUACUAAUAUUUAUUUGCAACAUUUGCAUAUAUUCAAAAUGGUAUGGUUUUGACUCAUGUAAACAGUUCCUGGUUGUGUCUUUGCGGGUUUCUAAUUAAAUAAACUUUCUCACAUAUGUUAAGUUCCUACUAUAGGCAUGUUUUUUCUUCUUCAGUGGGGAAAUGUCAGAAUAGCAAGGCAAAACUGAGAAAAUAACUCUAAUGUAUUAUGAUUGAUUCGUCUACUCAGAGAUGUAAUUAAAAAGUGAUGUUUUAUCUGUUUUACAUAGUAUUUUCCCUUUUCCCUUUGGUUACAAGUUUGAAUAGGCUUAUCUCUUGAUUCCCAGUACUUUGAAGAAAAAUGCUAUGUAUAUUUGUACAUAAAACAGUCACCCCCAUCAUACUUUUAUUAAAUAUUUUUGGUAUUCAGCUGCUUUUAUAAAAUUUCUUCUUGUUUGCUGUUUUUAUUAAUAUUUGGGCGGGGUAUAAAUAAUAUAUUAUUAUUAUAACCUAUGACAAAAAUUACUUUAAAAUAAAGCAAAAUAAUGAAAAAAGCAAAACACUAAAUCAUAUGUAACAUCAGACCCAGCAGGAGAAGGCACAAAACAAUUACAGUGGUACCUCCGUUUACGAAUGUAGUUCAUUCCGGAGGUCCGUUCUUAACCCGCAGCCGUUCUUAGACUGAGGUGCACUUUUGCUAAUGGGGCCUCCUGCUACUGCCGCGCGACUUCUGUUCGCAUCCUGGGGCAAAGUUUGCUACCAGGAGCAUCUACUUCCGGGUUAGCGGAGCUUGUUAGCGUUUGUAAGGAGGACGGUACAUAACCCGAGGUUCCACUGUACAGUAUUUUCUGUGCAAGUAGGCAUUUGCUUAAACUAAAGAAUUCACAUACAUACUUGCCAAAUGAAAAAAAUGAAGAUUGCUUCUCAGCCUUUUGGCUAAGAUCAGGUGUAGUUUAUAAAUUAUUUCUAUGCAGCUUCAGUGCUUACAUAAAUGCAGGCCAACAAAUUGGCAGAUAACUACAAAGUCCGCAUUACAAAAUCUGUACUGGUGAAGCCAAUUUGGCACUCUUACAGGGGCAUCUGCAUAGCCCUGAACUCAUUGCUGCCCAGCCCCUUCCAGGUAAACUACAGUGAUUCUGGAGUCAGGGCAGCUCCACAGUGCCAUCUCACAACACUGGCUGCUGUGUUUCAAACACAGAUGAUAUAUCUACACCCAGUUUUUGUUGUUUUGCUUUAAGCUGCAUUCAUACUUCUGGGAUACAAAUUACAUAGCCAAGUGAUCAGUUCCUUGUCUCUAGUUCCAAAUGUGUGUGUGUGGGGGGGGAGAAUUUUCAGUGAUGUGAUAGUAUAUGUGGGAAAGGGUUAAAUACUCCUCUCCAGAUCAGUUCUACCCACCUCACUGCAAUACAGUCGUACCUUGGUUUUUGAACAGCUUAGUUCACGAACAACUAGGAACUCGAACGCUGCAAACCCAGUAGUAGGUGUUCCAGUUUGUGAACUUUACCUUGGAAGCCGAAUGUCCGGCACGGCUUCUGUGCCUUGGUAUCCGAACGUUCCAAACGUCAAACGGACUUCCAGAACACAUUCUGUUCAACAACCAAGGUACGACUGUAAAGGUAAUGCUAUUUGGAAGAGAAGGGUUGACGAGAUAGUGAGAAUUCCUAAUGAGGAGAUACAGACUAUAAAGAAGAAAACGGCUAGAACACAUUAUAUGCUGGCCAUUACCAGCCAGUUAUGCUAGAAUGGCUGUGCCAUGGGUCAGCUACACCUCAGAAAAUUGUGCAACUUUUAAAACAUAAUACAUUUUUGAGGGGUGGGUAGCAGAAGCUGAACAGGGAAAGCAUGGGAGGAGGAUAUUUUGUUUACUGUGUAAUGUAGGUGUCGUACAUAAAGUGAGUGAACAAAGUAUAGCUGUUUCAUGGUAGCUGCUCAACAUGGAAGCAGCCUAGGGCUCACGUGAUUAAUGCAUUUGUAAUUUAUUUUUGCGGUGAAUUGUGUAUAAAGCUGCUGUUGAAAAGUCUUCAGAGCUUCAGCUUGUGUAGAAUGCAGCAGCUCAAUUCCUUUCAAGGAUAAGGGAAACAGUAGUAGAGAGAGCAUAUAGUACCAGUACUGUAUUAACUAAUUGUGCUGGUUACUAUUACUCUAAUGGGCCAUGUUGAAGACACUAGUCUUUUUUAUUCUGCCAUCUAUGGACAGGCCACAUUCUACGUACUUUUCACCGAAUCAUUGGAUGGAAUCUGUAAGGGAAUAGAGUUGGUCCUUUUCAGUCAUGGUGUCUUAGUUUUGAACUCUCCUUUCAGCUUAACAUUUAGGGGAAAAUAUUAAGACCUUUCUAUUUUUUCAGGGUUUUAUGAAAUAGCUUGCAUCCUCAUUACAAAUGAGAUUUUGAAACAAUUUAUAGUGUGAUUUUUCUUUUGGAUGGGCCUUCUCAGUGGCUGCUUCCAGACUUUGAAACACUCUUCCUAGAGAAAUUAGACUGGUUCCUCUUUGUUGGCCUUUUGCUGGCAGGUGAAUAAUUUCUUGUUCCAACAGGCUUUGGGGAACUGAUUGUUUUUAAGGAAAGGUCUGGUACUGUAAUACUUUUGUAAUGAUCUAUAUGUUUUAAUCUCUCUCUCUCUCUCUCUCUCUCUCACACACACACACACACUAAAUGUUUUUGUUUUUAUUUUUAGUGAUUGCUAUUUAUUCUAUUUUAGCUGUAAGUUACCUUAAGUCCUUGUUGGGGGAAAAGGUAGGAUAUAAAGAAAUAUAAUAAUCAUAAUAAUGUUAUGAGUGUGCUUAUAUAUUUUAUGCAAUAUGCUUUGGAUAUUUAGAAAGACAUGAAAAAGCAGGAUAAAACUUUAUGCAUAAACAAUUCCCUUCUUUCCUUGUUAUACCUGUAUUAGACAUAUAACUAUAUAGGCCUUAGCUCAGUUGGUUAGAGUGUGGUGCUGAUAAUACCAGGGUUGCAGGUUUGUUUCCUGCACGGGACAGCGGCAUAUUCCUGCAUUGCAGGGGGGGUUGGACCAGAUGUUCCUCAGGGUUUCUUCCAACUCUACAAUUCUGUGAUUAUUUGGUUCUACCAAUCUCAUCAUUUAAAUAGAAAUUUCCUCUUUUGAAGUCAAAUGUGACUGCUGAACUUUAUUGGCAGAUGUUUACUUUCACAUAUGUUGAAUUUGAUAGGUGUAUGGAAACUGUUACAAAUUGAUUUAACUUAACAUCUAGCAUCAGAUCCUGGGCACCACUUAAGUUUAUGUCAAGAUUCACCUCCUUUCUGAUUGGGUCCAUGACCAAAUUUUUUAGACACAGUCAUUUUAGGGUAUCUAGAGCUGUUACUUCUUCAUUAUUAGAUACAAGAUAAAUGUACAAUAAAAUGUCAGACUAUAUAUUUUGUGCACAUGCUGCAUGCAGUUAUAUAACUAACAAUUUCUAUAGCACACAGUAGAUGAAUCAUUUUAGUUCUCUUACAUAAAAUUCUGUGCAGACAUAUCCACUCUGUGAGAAGAAAUACUGGCAAUGUGUUAUGACAACUUAACCUUGAACAUGUUCCUAAAGAAUCUUAAUUGCGUAUUUUUCAACAUUUAUGGAAACAAAGUAAUAGAUAGCAAGGAAAUUAGAGGAAAAUAUGUUGCCUUCAUACUCCUUAACAUCUUUCAUAAUUCUUUAAUGUUGGCAGCAAAUCGCAUGCUAAUGAAAUAUUCAGAUGGUUUUGAAUAGAAAUGUAACAAAUGGAGAGAACCUGAAUGUACUUGAAAUGCAGGAACUUUAAUCUUGACAAUGACACUAAUACAUUAGAUGUACUGUAUGAGCUUAUGAGGGCAAUCUAAAAUGUUCAAUAGAAUAAGGAAAAGUAAAAAUUCAGGGAGUGGACAAGUGAGCAAAAAUAGGUAAUAAAUUUGAUAUGAUUUCAAACUAUUUUUCCAUUGUCAUAUUGCAUAGAAAUUUUGGAGUCUAUAUACAUUUUUUUAAAAAGUGUGCAUACUAGUGCAUCAUCCUGUUAUCAUGGGGUCAUCCAGGUACCUAUGGGAAGCCCUCAAGGAAGACUUAAAUUACAACAAUACUCUUCCCACUUAAAAAACAAAACCUUCCCAUUUGUGAUUCCCAGCAAUUGGUACUCAGAGCCUUUGAUGGUGAAGGUAGAACAUAGCCAUGAAAUUAGCCAUGUGUAUUUAGUAGGAUGACUCAGUGAAAUGUGCAAUAUUAGUAUCCUGAUCUUUCACUUAGUAUUCUGUCUAUGAUAAUGGCCAGUGUUUCACUUAAGAUUCCUGCAGCAAAGCCCAAACAAAUUAUUGCAGUUCACUGCAUGGAGCAAUAAUAGAAUCAUAGCAUGUGUGAUUGACAUGGAACAAUCAUAGAAUCAUAGAACUGUAGAUUUGGAAAGGACCCACAAGGGUAAUCUAGCCCAGAGAUUCCUGCAAUUCAGGAAUCACAGCUAAGGAAUCCUUGACAGAUGGCCAUCCAAACUCUCUGUUUAAAAACCUCCGAUGAAGUAGAGUCCAUCACCAUUACAAUGAUGACGCCUGUACUUUUAUGGAAGUCUUGGUGUCUUGUUUUAUUCUGCUAUGGUCUGUGGACCAACACAAUAAAUAUUUGACCCUGCUGUGACUGGGGGGUGGGGAGCUUGAACAACAACCCCACUCCCCAACUGUGUUGUUUUCCUCUGCCCUUCUACUAUUUUCUGUGCUUAACCAGACAGCCAGAAUCAUAGAACUGUAGACUUAGAAGAGCCCAAGGGCUCAUCGAGUCCAACCUCCGCGCAAUUCAGGAAUCUCAGCUAAUAAGUUGGCCUGUCUAGAUGAACCCUGCCUGCAUAUGUUGGGGGUCUGCACCUCCCUUUAGGAAUGUGAGGCUGCAGCUCCUCAGGGUUCCAUAACCAUUAUAUUAAAAAAACCUCUUGCUGAGCCACAAUUCCACCAUUCAUCUUCUGUCUAAUUGUGAUUGUGAAUUAAUGCAAUGAUGCUAUGAGCAUCAUGUUAAAUUAAUUGCAGGUAGCUAAUGUGGUGCUGUAUAUGCAUCCUAACAUUCUUUUUGCUUAUUUAUCAUUAGAACUUUAACUGUUGGAGAACAAGUAUUUGUGGAGUAUUCUUUAUUCUUAGAUAAUAUUUAAAGGAAAUACUACUGGAGAAAAUGAGGCAAAAGUGGGUAAAAGAAGCAAAUGAAUAUUUUAUAUAAUCCUGCCCAGUUGAGUAAUUUUAUAUAGUUUGACAUUUGUUGGAGAUCCUGUUAAUUCUAUUCCUUACAAAGUUAUUUUAUUAAGUGUGGAAUUAAUUUAGGAAAACUUACUAGCUUCCCAUACAGCAUAAAUGAUUCUUGCUGCUUUAUCCACGAGGAUUUCCAUCCUGGAAGAAAGAAUAAACAAGAGUCAAACAGCCACUAAAUUGGCAUUCUACUAUGCUGUUGACUGCUUUUUAUUUAUUGGUUGUGUGGCAAAAUUUGUAAUGCUUUAACAGGGAAUAAUUCUGUUGGCAAGUGCUUAAGCUAUCAAUUCUGGAUCAGUUCUAAUCUUCCUGCACUGUUAUCAGAUAAAACUUAGAUCUUGGCUGAAGAAGUCUGCAUGCACAUGAAAGCUUAUACCCAGUACAAACUUAGUUGGUCUCUAAGGUGCUACUGGACAAUUUUUUUUAUUUAUUUCGACUGCAUCAGACCAACAAGGCUACCUCCCUGAAUUUAGAUCUCGGCUGACAGCUAAGCUGCCUGCUGUUUACACACAAAGUUUAUGUGGCUGCACAGGAGGCAGAAUGACUUUUUAAUCUGGUCAUUCAUUGCUGCGAGAAACCAGAAAAGUUGAUACCUUUAUUGUAACUAUCAGAGCACAUUGGGGGAAGGAAAUUUAAAUAUACUUUAUGCUCCUACAGUCAAUCCUAGAGAAUAAUAUUGGCUUGUGAGUUUUAUCUUGUAUUUCAGGUAACAUAAAAUGGUGAAAAAGAGCAUUUCUUGGAUGCUUAAAUAUCAGCUAGUUUUAACACUAGCUAGUUGCAACACUAACUAGUUACAACCAAAUGGAGCAAUACUCGAGUCUGUCUUGAAUGUCAACCACAUAAUGGGAUUCAAUGGACCUUUUUGACAAUACAUAUGGCUAUCAUGAGUAGCAGUAUUACUAAAUCUUUAUAUACUACCUGCCUCCUUUGUUUCAGAGGGAUCAAUAAAAGGUCCAGAGUGGAGUCCAAAGUGACUAGAUGUGAUGUGGUGUCUGAUAUGGUCCCAAAGACCAUCUUCCAAAACACUUAGUGCAUUUCUUUGAGUUAAGAACUGGAUCAUAAAUUUUUGAGAAGUGUGAAAUCUGAAGGAUAAUUGUGUUCUGGUCUGUGUAUGUCCAGGAGGUGGGAAUUGAGUCAGUUCACUUUAAAAUGAGGAAUGAACAAAAUUAUCAUCCAAGUAGUAGGUGUCAAGUUAACAUAAUAUUUAAACAUGAGAUUACCCCAUGAUUGAAUUUUGGAUUAUAUAGCUGUUCGUUUAAGAAGACGUGAACUGUGCUUCUUGGCACUGAUGCAUAAAGAAAAGCCAUUUUUGAUUACGGAAAAUUUCAGUUGUUCUCCUUUGGCUGCAUGGUUGUUGUUUUUGGUGCAGUCAGCUCAAAGAAUUUGAAGGUCAGAUUCUUUACUGACUGUCUUUCAGUAUUUGGCAAGAUUGUUUUGCUCUAUGUAUUCUAUAUUAGAAGCUUGCGGCCAAGGAAGUAGCUGGCUCGUUCAAUCAGCAUCCAUCCUCCUCUGCUUCUUAGCCCUUGUUGGUCCUUUAAGGCCUAUCAGGUCACAAUGCUGCAGUGACAGUAGAAGCCAAAAUUGACACAGCUUCAUCUUUAUGCAAUUGUUAAAAGAAUAGCCACUCUGCUAGGACUCUAAAACAAGGAUAACCAAUGUGACGUCUUCCAGAUGUUGAAUUAAAACUUCCAUCAUCCCUGACCAUUGACCAUGCUGACUGGGUUAAUGAGAAUUGUAAUCCAAUGACUUGGGCUAAGGGAGCCAGGGGCAUUACUGUAUCUUGGCUACUUUUGUUCUGGACUAUAGAUGUGGCAAUUGUCUGACCCCUUUGCUCACUGGCCUACAGUCUCCAGACCUCCAAUCUUCCCCUGCCUCUCAUAUUCUUCCUCCUGCUUCUAGGUUCUUUGAGGAAAAAAUAUGUAUUUACUUAGGACAGGCAUUCAGGCUUACUGCAGUCAUGAGCCAGAUUUUCUUGACCAAUUUUUCCCCUUCAUUCUAUUCUACUAGUUCUGUGAUGCAUGGAGAUUCCCCCCCCCCCCCCAGUUGAGCUCAGUAAAAGUAGCCUAGUUCACAAUAAGAGAUAAUUAAUCUGAUUUCUAUCCUCCACGGGGAGAGGGGGGAAGCUCUUGUGACUUGCAAGUUGAAGUGCAUAGUGGAAAUGUCACACUGUCAUAUGCACCUCCUGAUACUGGGAACGUGAUGUUUAAUUGCCAGCUGAAGGCAGCUAUUGUGCCCAAGUGAAUCUUGUUUGUAAUGUGGGUGGUGCUGAGAGAUUUGUGUGUGCAUGGUGUGUAGGGGGCGGGGAGAUUGCAAUUGCUCUAUAAAUAGUUCCAAUGGGCUGUGAUCUAGGGACAAGAGACUGAGUUGCUAUGGAGACUGAUCUGAAUCAGAUUACCUGAGGCUCCUGUUAUCCAGUCUCUGUAUGCAUGGAAUUGAAGGUUGUAUGGCCAGGGCACUUGCUGAUGAAAACACAGUCAUCGUGCUCUGCUCUGAAAGGCAAAAAAACUUUAUAAGAAAGCUGAAACCUUGUACUAUGUGUGGUAAUAUUAGACCAAACAAUUACUACACCAAUGAUAACCAUACUAUGUACAGCGGUGAAGCAAGAAUGGUAGCUUUCCUCAGUGUGUGACACUUCUAAUUGAUUUAGGUAUUUGCUCCCCAGCUGAAUGGGACACUGCUGUGGGCAUCUUGAGGAAGUAUCAUCCACCUUGGGCCUGCCCAUAAAAAGUGAGAGACAAGAGUGAUUCCUACUGUUUCCAGGAACUCUCUUUUGUGUAUGAGGUGGGAGUUUGUUUGGACACUGCGUCCAAACAGAGGCUGAGAGGGAGGUUGUGUCAGAAGGAAAAUGAAUUGAUAUGAUUUGUAUUAAUGUAACAUUUUAUAUAUAACUUCCUGUUUUUGUAAUUUUUAAAAAAGUUGUCUGUUGUUGCUUCAGUUUUUUGUACACUUCUUAGAGAUCUUUUUAAUAUAUUAAGCAGUAUAGAAAAUGAAUUAUUCAAUUAUUGCUUAUUGACUCUGUCUAUGUGAGAGUGUUGUUGAGGAACACAACUGCUUAUUUUGCCCUGCACACUGCUGAGCAGUGCUUUUUUCUAUACAAAUAGGUGCCAGUACUCACCUUAAAGUUGUUACAGUAAGUGUCACACUUUUUAACAACAACAAAAAGAGGUGCCUGUACUGCGUACCCUUGAGUACCCUCUGGGGGGAAAAGCUGCUGAGCAUCUCUUGUGGAAGAGGCAAUGAUAUGGAUUAUAGAACUGAAUAUGGUACAUGCUGGAGGGAGAAUGUUUCUGUCAUCACGUCACUGCUUUUGCAAAGGCAAUAUAUUUUUAACAUCACUAGAAAUGAAGUUGUAGCAUCUGUGCCAUUUCAUAUCUGGCCUUCUUGACUGUCUUGCACUCUCAUGAAAUUUCCGAAGGCUUUAUUUAUUUUUGAUGAGCCCUGUUCCCCUUUCCCAUUCUGAGUGGGAAGAGAACUAGUUAUCAUUUACAUAACUAGAAUAAAACGUUCCCCCUUAUUUCAGAAAGAAUCCAGUACUUAAAAUGCAGAUCUUAAUGCUUGAUGUUUUUAACCGUUUGCAGUCAUAAGGCUUUUGCCAGACACUUGGGUAGCUUAAAAGAUGCUCAGGUUUCUUGUUAGAUAUUGUGCCUAUAGAUUAUUUUCUAGCCAACCUAUUGUGAUACGUAUUAAUAUGCUUAAAUGUUGAUACCAGUACACUUGUCCUUACAGAAGAAUAUGCAGCAUAUCUCAACAAGCUGAAUCUGUGGCUUAACUCAAAUAAAAAACUUGCUAAGUGAAUAAAAGUAUUUUUACUGCCAGCAAUAGCCCUUCUUGGACAGGGAUAAUUUGGCCAUAGUAGUAUGUGCUCUGUAACCUCUCUGUUAGAUUACUGGAAAAUGAUGUAUGUGGGGCUGCCCCUGAAGAUGAUGUAGAAGUUGCAACUGGUGCAAAAUGUGAUAGAUAGAUAGAUAACUGUCAGGAGCACUAUACAGGAGCCAUAUGAAAACAGCAUCCUUUUUGCUUUUAAGUCUUUUGAGCUGAGCCAAGUAUAUUCUUUUUUGCUUGUCUAAGACAAAAUGCUUUUUCUUCAACCCUCACUUACCUGCAUAUCAGGAAAGUUUCGGAAUGUGCAAGUUGAAGCCAUUGUAUAGUAAGUACAGCUAGAUCCAUUGUGAAAUUAAAUGUUCCAUUAAACAUUUUUGCUUGUUUUUUCGCAAGGAAAAAUUAAUAUUCCUGCUUCAGAAGGCAGUGAUAUUCAAGAAAAACUAGACAUUAGAUUAAUUGCAUGAUUUCAAUAAACAUAUGUAGUUUUAAAUAGGAACUGCAAGGGGGAGUACUGUUGGAAUUGUGACUAUGGUGCAUGGGGAAAGAUUAGUCUCCUCCCAUGAAUGUGAACCUGAUUGGUGUCCCCUAGUGGCUAUUUAAAUUUAAAUGGCUAGAUAUGUUAACUGCAAUGACAUCGUUAAUUUCACAUCUGGUUUGUCCAUCAGAUCAUGUUCUUUAGUGUAAAAAAGUUGUUAUAAGCAUGCAAGAGUAUUCCUAAUUUAUUUGUCUGAAAUUAUGGAGGCUAUGAAUGAAUAUAUUGUUUUCUGCUGUUUAUGAAAGCAACUGAAUGCACAGAAUAUAAAAUCAGAAGAGUAAGCAGUUGCUUUUUUAUGUAUCAGUGGAAGCUACUGAAAUGAGAAUGUAGUGAGAUGAAAGUGAAAAGAUAAAUAUUCUCCCUGAGUGAAGUAACACUCUCCAGAAAUAAAUGUUGAAUGCCAAAUGCUGUUCUGGGUAAUGACUUGUACUUUUCUCUGUUCCGUGUUUUUUAAUGGUCACUUUUAUGUGUUUGUUACUCAAUAAUAAAAAUGAUUUUUUUCCUUCUAAAAAAUUUGUUUCUGACACCUGCAGUGCUGCAGUAUACAGUGGUACCUUGGGUUAAGAACUUAAUUCAUUCUGGAGGUCUGUUCUUAACCUGAAACUGCUCUUAACCUGAGGUACCAAUUUAGCUAAUGGGGCCUCCCGCUGCCGCUGCGUUGCCAGAGCACAAUUUCUGUUCUCAUCCUGAAGCAAAGUUCUUAACCCUAGGUACUAUUUCUGGGUUAGCAGAGUCUGUAACCUGAAGCGUCUGUAACAUGAGGUACCACUGUGUCUGUGGAUAGAACUGGGGUUCAGGAACUUGCUGCAGUGGACUUGCAGUAAAUGAGAGCCUUCUUGAGCUGAAAAGGAUUUGCUUAUAUAAAUGGAUAAUCAGAUUAAUCAGCCCAUAUUUGUGUACUACUACUGUAUAUGUGUUAUCUAGGCUUUAUAGGGUAAGUGGUUUUAGCUAAGUUUUAUGAAAAUAGAAUUUAACCAUGUUUCAUCUCAUUUGGACUUGGCAAGAGUAUCUAAAGUACCUAGCUGAUCCAAGGUUCUUCUGAUUCCAUUUGGUCUUGAGACGCAGACAAUCUUCCCUCCUUCCAACUAAUAAAGUGCAGUAUGAUUAUGCACUAAUAAGCUAUGAUUAUGAUUGCUGUGUGGACUGUGAUUAUUUGAAAAUCACACACAUUCUGUCCCCAAGACUUGCUAAAGUGUUGCUUUGUAGAUGGUAUCACAAUAGAGAUUUACUUUUCUAUUUUUGUAGAAAAUUUAUAAUAUUUCAGGUGCCCAAGAUAAGAUUGCUUCCACACCUCAGCCUGUUUUGUUUUUCAGCUGAGGCAUUUCUUUUUCACUACUGUAUUAGCAAGAAGUGCAAUUAAAAUGGAGGCUCCACAAGCACUUAUAAUGUAAAAUAGCAACAAAAAGAUGUCAAAUUUUGUCAAAAUAUAGCCUAUUACUCUUGUAAAAAACAUUUUUUUUCCUCCAGUUGCUGAAUAGAGAUAGCCUGGCCAUGGUUACUCAUACACUGGUAACCUCUAAGCUUGACUAUUAUAAGAUGCCCGUGAAGGUGGCCUGAAAAUCGCAGGUAGCGCAAAAUGCUAUAGCAAGAAUGCUGGAAGGAGCAAGCAUAUUAUUCAUUUCUUGAAACAGCUGCAGCAGUUGCAAAUUGUUUCAGGGCCAAAUUCAAGGUGCUCACUUUGAUAUUAAAAGCUCUAAACUUCCUGGCACCCAGAUAUCUGCAAGAACACCUUCUUCCAUAUCAAUCUGUCCAUGCUUUGAGAUCAGCAUAUGAUGCCCUGUUGAAUGUGGUGUUGGAGCCCAAAGAUCGAUCUUUUCAUUGGUAGCUCUUUGCAUGUCGAACUCCCUCUGUACUGAGGUGCAUCUGGCUUCAUCUCUUCAUAGCUUUAGGCGACUGGUUAAGAUACACUGUUUUUGGCAGCCUUUAGGGAAGGAGAGAGCCAAUUAGAUAAAAGGAUUACUGCUGCUACUGCUAUUAGUAAAUGGCUUUGUGAAUUGUUAUGAAUUGUGUAUUUUAAGAAUUGUGUUGCGUUAUCAAUUCUAUAUGUUCUUUUUAUCUUGUUCAACAAUAAUUUCACAGUCUUUGUCUUGGUUGAUUUUGGUUAAUACAGUUUAAAAAAUUGUCAUCAAAGUUGUUAUCCUAGCAAUGUAGGCAGAUAUGCUCGGAUAGCCCACACUUGAAAUUUGCAUUGCAAAAAAUGGUCUCAUGGGGCCUAAUAUGGACCAGGAUAAUAGCAGGAAGCAAAGUCUUAAAGCCCUCCCCACCUGCUAAGAUCCCAACCCAGGUUAAGUCCCCUCACAGCGGCAAUUUGAGGAAAACCCUGUACUCAAGGGUAGAAGUAUAGUUAAAGUCACAUGUAAUUUGUGCUUUAGACCAAUUCCUAUUUUUAAGGUCCUAAUUUGAACAUAGUGAAUAAUUGGAUCUAAUUUGUGUAAGAGAAAAGCGGUGUUUCAGAUAUAAUCAUCCUCAUUAAUUGAUGAUAAACUUUCCCUCCCAGAUCCAUUUAAACUAGCAACCAGAGUCCCAUUCAGAGACAGUGGACUCUGCAAGUUAAUUCUAAGUUGUGUGAAGGCAACUGCUACUAUGUUAGUAGCACACGGUGCCAGUCACAAUGCAAUGGAAAUUGGGACAGUUGUAUGUACAUCACUCACGUAUUGGUGUCAGUUCACAAAACCCCAUUUCCUGUGCAAGCCUUGUCCAGCUGUGGUUCUAGCAAGUGACCCCAAAUCUUUUGAAGUGAUUUCAUGGAGGCUGUCUUAUGUGAACAAGACUUCCCUGUUGUUUACCCUUCACAAGUAUAUUUCAUACUAAGACAUGGAAGUGUGGAUAUUUUGCUUGAACAGCCUGUCCUGUGACAAAUAUGCUGCUUAUACUGAAAGUGCUGAUCAGAGCAUUGUUAUUGAUGAAUGUGAGUCUGACCUUGAAUUGAAUAUCUUUUGUUGUAGGUUGAUGUCGCAAUUUCCAUGA